CAUUUUCAGGUGUCAAAAGUCUAUGGGCCUGUGUUCACUUUGUAUUUGGGUACGAAGCCCACUGUGGUGUUGCAUGGAUAUGAAGCUGUGAAGGAAGCCUUGAUUGAUCAUGGAGAGGUAUUUUCUGGAAGAGGCAGUUUCCCAGUGACUGAAAGAGUUAAUAAAGGAUUUGGAAUUGCUUUCGCUAAUGGAAGCAGAUGGAGAGAGAUAAGGCGCUUCUCACUCAUGACUCUGCGGAAUUUUGGGAUGGGGAAGAGGAGCAUUGAGGACCGCAUUCAAGAAGAAGCCCGCUGCCUUGUGGAGGAGUUGAGGAAAACCAAGUCCUCACCCUGUGAUCCCACCUUUAUCAUGGGCUAUGCUCCCUGCAAUGUGAUCUGCUCCAUUAUCUUCCAUAGUCGUUUUGAUUAUAAAGAUCAGAAUUUUCUCAAAUUUAUACGGAAAUUACUUGAAAACCAGGAGAUUCUGAGCUCCCCAUGGAUCCAGGUCUGCAACAAUUUUCCUGUUCUCAUGGAUUAUUUUCCGGGGAGUCAUAAAACAUUUUUUAAGAAUAUUGGUGAUAUGAAAGAGUAUUUUUUGGAGAAAAUAAAAGAACACCAAGAAUCCCUGGAUAUGAACAGUCCUCGAGACCUCACUGACUGCUUCCUGAUCAAAAUGGAAGAGGAAAAGGACAAUCCACAGACUGAAUUUACCAUUGAAGCCUUAGUAAACCUUGUGAAUGAUCUGUUUGGAGCUGGGACAGAGACAAUAAGCACCACUCUGAGAUAUGGACUCCUUCACCUGUUGAAGAACCCAGAGGUCACAGAAAAAGUCCAGGAAGAGAUUGACCGUGUGAUUGGCAGACACCGCAGCCCCUGCAUGCAGGACAAGAGCAGUAUGCCUUAUACAGAGGCUGUUCUGCAUGAGAUCCAGAGAUACAUUGACCUCGGCCCAACCAGUCUGCCCCAUGCAGUGAACUGUGACACUAAAUUCAGAAACUACUUCAUCCCUAAGGGAACAACCAUAAUAACAUCCCUGACAUCUGUGCUGUGUGACAGCAAAGAAUUCCCCAACCCAGAGAAAUUUGACCCAGACCAUUUCCUGGAUAAGAAUGGCAAAUUCAAGAAGAGUGACUACUUCAUGCCUUUCUCAACAGGAAAACGGGCUUGUGUAGGAGAAGGUCUGGCCCGCAUGGAACUGUUCUUAUUCCUGACCACCAUCUUACAGAACUUUCACCUGAAAUCUGUGGUGGACCCAAAGGAUCUUGAUACCACCCCAGUUUCCAGGGGGCUUGUCUCUGUGCCACCUGCAUACCAGAUCUGCUUCAUUCCUGUCUGAAAAGAGCAGUCUUUUUGGCUGCUGCUGUGGUGUCAUCUGGAAUCUCCUCUUCGGGGCAUGCUCCACUUCCUUCCCUGUCAGUUGUCUCCUCUGACCUGCUUUUCACCACCCUAUUCCUUUGAAUUCCAGUGAACAUGGAACCCCACUGUAGAAUGUGUACUCAGUUUUCACAAAGGCAUGCUUCCUGUUCCCUUACUCCAACACUUGCAUUAGCCACUCUGUAUUUUAAAACAUUAGUGGCUUUUCACUAUACCAUCACUUUAAACCAGGAAGAAUUUGGGGGACAUUAUGAGAAGUGCAAUAAGUCAUGCACAGCUAGAUAAAGUCACAUGGUUUCAAUUUUUGAAUAAUAUAAACAUGUCAAACUCUUAGGUUAGUGAUAAGUAAUGGUUACUAGAAAUUGAGACCGGGUGAGGGUGUGAGUGGAUGGAGAAAGAAGAGAAGCUAGUUAAAGGUUCAGAGUUUAGGGUAGACAGUAGGAAUUAGUUUUAAUGAUAUAGUGUAGAACAUGGUCCCUAUUAUUAAUAAUGAUUUGUUGCAUAUUUCAAGAUACUUAAAAGGGGGAGAUAUUACACAUCCUACCCAUAAUAAAGGACAAAUUUUGAGAUAAUGACUAUGUUAAUUAUCGUGAUCAAUCAUUGUUCCAUGAAUACUUAUACCACAAUGUGCCCCAUAAAUACAUAUGAUCACUACUUCUCAACUAAAAAAGAUGUGGAGUAGAUUAAAAAUUAAAAUGCACAUGAAAUCUACAUUGUUUCUAUUUUUAACAAUCUUCAUUGGAAAAGGGCAACAUAUUAAUGAGGUGUUGACAGAAGUGUGGAACAACAGGCAGAAUUAUACCCUGACAGAACAAUUUCUCAAUAUUGCUACUCUAAUUAUCUUACCAAAAUUUAUAAUUUUCCCUUCACCACCAUCUUCCCCAUCAUAAAACUUCUGAUUCCCCUUUCCUGCUUUAACCAUUUCCUCUUUUCCUUUUACUUACUCUUUCUCAUAAUUCUGUGAGAUAGAUAGUAUUUGUAUGAGUCACCAUUACUGCCUCAACAAGUGCCUCAGAUAUAGUGACUGAAAACAGCACACAUUAACUAUCUUAGAGUUCUGGAGUUUGAGAUCCAAUAUUAUCUCCCCUGGGCUAAGUUGAUUCUGUCAACCAGUACAGUUCAUUUUUGAGCCUCUAGGGGAGAUCCAUUUCCCUAAUUUUUUCAUCUUGUAGAAACUGCCUGCAUCCCUUGGCUUCUGAGUCCUUUGUCACAUCAAUUCAACCUCAGUGUCCACAUCUGCUACCUCCUCAUAGCUUCUCAUUUUUCUUUUAUAUAAUCAAACCAAAUUCAUGGGUUCACAAGUUUGAAGGAUUAAGAUGUAGAUGCUUUGGGGUGUGAGGUCAUUAUUAAGACUAUGACAUUAUGAUUAUAUCCUAUUACUACUGAGAUAAUUCAGACAAGGCUUCGCUAAGUAUUGUGUUUGUGUUCACAUGUCAGAACAAGGAGGGGAACCCCAGGGCCAUCUGGCUAUAAAACUAAACUUUCCUAAUCAGGUGUUGUUAAUACUUUAAGGGUCUUUUUGUUUUAAAGUUUUAUUGGUACGUAAUGAUGUAAUGAUAUAUUUGUUAUAUUUAAUGGAAAGAGAAAAUAUUUUCAGAUUUCAAAGGAAAAAAAAUAGACUUCAUACCAAGGAUCAAUAUUCAGGAAGGAAUACAAUUUCUUCAGUAGACUAGAAUGUACUAGAGACAGAUGUUGAGAUUUUAUUUUAUUUUAUUUUAUUUUGGAUACAGGAGAUUAUUCCACGGGAGCUUAAACACUGAGCCACAUCCCCACAUCUCCUGAGAUGCUGGGAUUACUGCCGUUCACCGCCCCACCUGGCUGUUUCUAGGAUUUUAAGAGAAACUAUUUAAAAUCUAGAAUUCUAGGCCCAGUCAACUUUCAACUAUUUGAUAAGGAAAGAUCAGCAAAUUGAUUUCCUGUAUUAGUUUAGGAAUCUUCAGGGAGAGAGAGAGAGAGAGAGAGAGAGAGAGAGAGAGAGAGAGAGAGAACUUAUCAAAGUGAGAGAUAGAUGAUAAACUGGUGAUAAGGAAUUUUUUAUAGAAAUUGACUCACAUGGUUGUGGAGAAAAAAAAUCUCAUGCUAGGUUCUCUGCAGUCUAGAGAACAAGGUAAACCCGUGGUAUGACUCAGUCCAAGUCUAUGCUCAUGAGUAUUGCCUGAGUGUUGCUCUUUUGGAAAUACCCUCACAGACAUACCCAGAAAUUAUGCUCUUGUGUAUCACUUAAUCCAGUCAAGUGGAAAUCUAAAGUUAAUCAUUUUACAUAUCCCCAGCAUAUUCCCCCAACCGCGAGGGGAGUGUUCUUGCAAACAAGAGAGAAAAACAAGACAAAGGAGAAGCUGGAUUCAGGCUCAGAAGUUCCAAGAGGGUGGUCAAAGUGAAAAUCUCAGAGCAUGUUAAGGUUGGCCAUAGGAGGAGAGAUGGGGUCUAGGCUUCCAGACCAACUAGGGACAGAGGGAAAGAAAGUGAAAGGAUUGGAAGUUGCUAACCCCUUCCCCUUUUUGUGUUGCUCACUGAUCUGUCAAUUGGAGUGGCAUAAACCUGAAGCUGUUGUAACUCUCAGCUUCCCUUCUCACUAGUACAAGGUAGGAUGGAAUGGCCAGUACUGUAGGUUGAAGUUUUGUCUACACAGACAAGAUUGAGAAACUCCCAGGGUGGAGCUGCUGCAGAAUAAAAUGAAGGGAAUUCCAAAGUUGUGGCUCAAGUCUAAUAAGGCCUCUGUGGUUUUGUUGGGUGAUAUGGGCUCUGGAGAGGAGACCAACACACCCUUAGGACCUGGAAAAUGGUGAUUUAUAUUGGGACUCUAAAAGUUUGGGGGCUCCCAAGAAAUCUGCUCCUGUAGGAGAGAAGUGAAUCCACAAACUUUGCUGCCCAUAAACACAGACUUCCCAACUGAGUCCCUGAGUGUGCACAAACCCUCCUGUUCAGUUCACCAUCUCUCUGCAGCUGGUCAUGUGAGCAGCCAGAUUCAAAGGGAAAAUGAGUUGGAUUCCCCUUUGUAUUUCUGACUUAAAUCUCCCUGGUAAAAUUUCUUGUGUCUGCUUCACUCUCUACAAAGUUAACUGUAGACCACUCAUAGGCACUCAUGGGAGCACUAUGGCAAUGUUGCCAUGAUCUUCCAGGCUCCUGCAACAGAAAGCUGCAGUGUGGCCUCCUCAAGAUGGCUCCCAACCUCAGCUUUCCAUGGCCACUUAACAAAUACAGAACUUAUCAAACACCAGCCUCCUCGUUAAACUUUUCAACUAACAUUAUUGAGUGUGUGCCACCUGUUUCUUUAAAGGACUGUUAAAAAGUAAGAGAAAAUAGUUAAAUGUCACUUCCUUAAAAAAUGUUCCUUUACCCUCUGACUGCUCUUCAGUGCCUCAAAAAGGCCGGUCAGGAGUUCCCCUCUCUGGACACCCAUGGUAGCCUCUAGCAUAGCACUGGCCACACUGCAGUUUCAUUGACUGUUAAUUCAUCUUCCUCUGUCUUAGAGGGAAGCUCUGGUUCUCUUUCACAUUUGUAUCCCUGGAUGUGAGUUUGGGAUUGCUACACAUAAGAUGCUUGGUAAUGCUAUUGAUUGAACUGGCUUUUCAGGUUCAAAGAGAAGAGUCUUGUUAGAAUUGGACUUCUAGGAGCUCCUAAGAAUCUCUGCAGGUUCAGGAAGCAGAAUUAGUGGGUGGAGGCUCAAAGUCACUGAGGAAAAUAACUACCAACCUGGACAUUGGAAAUAGUGCCUCAGACCUUCAAGAAAAGGCUGUGUGUAUAGCUCAGAGUAGCCUCCAUGCAAAGCUCAUUCUCAUCUCUUGACCACUUAUGUAGAAAUGAAAACAGAGCUUGCUUGCCUGCUGAGAAAGCCAUGAAACAGUCACUCUCCUUAAAGUUGUCACUUUCAUCCAGAAAGAGGGCAGGGUAAACUUCUCUAGAUUGGGAAACUCUUUGUCAUCAUGCAGGACAGAAAUCAUACAGGUUAUUUUGUCUGCUCCCUGAUAGAGGAGAAACAGAUGAAUUUAUAAAGUAAUCAUGGAACUUGAGAAAAAGUAGACUUCCCUCACCUAAUCUCCAUGUUUUAUAGAUGAGAAGAGGUGAGUGAGACACAAAAAUGAGAAAUUGUUUUAGUCCCUGUCACAUGAUAAACUAUAGCAAGCCCAACAAGUUUAAAUUGUGCAAUGCCUGGUCCCAGGCACUGCUCAUUGACUACAAGGCCAUCCUCACCAGGGUGUAGGCUGACACCAGUAGUUACUGUGCAGAAGAUCAAGUUAACGUCCUGAAGUCCAUUGCUCCACACAAAUAAAUUGCUAUAUUGUGUAACAGAGCUGAUAUCACUGAAAAUUCAGCUGUUCUUUCUUUACUUUUUAUUUUUUAAAAGUUUUAAUUUUCAUUGAAUCAAGUUUGAGGCAUUCUUCAAACCUGAAUUGCUUGAAUGGCCAUAUUCUUGAAAAACCUUCAAUUCCCCUCCAAUAUGACAGAAACUGGUACACUCCCAUUACCAUGUUCCCUUAAUGACUACAACAUUAUCUUUGUAGAAAGCAGUUGUAAUUUUUAGGUUUUUCAGCAAUUUGGUGUUAUUAUUUGCACCUCCUAAUUUUUAAAUAUAGAUUCACUACUUUCAUUGUUCUCCUGUGAACUGAAUUAUAUACCAUUUUUUUUUAAUGUUGUGUUUUAUUUUCACUCAUCUUCCCUUUUUCUAGUUUUCCUAGUGAUUUCUUCUUUAACUUACUGGUUGUCCAAGAGUAUGUUCCUUAACAUUCACAUUUCCCUGUGUUGUUGGUUUUUAACAUCAUUCCACUGUGAUGAGAGAAGAUACAUGAUUUUAAUAUUUUAAAUACUUGAGGAUUAUGCAUCAUCUACAUAUGGUCUAUCCUGGAGAAAAUUCUCUGUGUACCUGAGUUGAAUGUGUAUUGUAUAAUUGCUAAGAAAAGUGUCCUGUUAAGUGUUAGUUAUAGUUGAUAACUGGUACUAUUUAAAUUUUGACAUUUGUCCAGGUGCUUAAUCUCUUAUUUAAAGUUGAGUGUUGGAAUGUCCCACUUCUAUUUUACAACUAUUUUUCUGUUCAAUUUUCAAUGCUUACUUUGUUACAAUUUCAGGUUCUCUUGAUUGUUACAUAUACAAUUAAAAUGU